AGGACAGGCAUAUCAUCAGUUGAAGGACUCAUAAACACCUGAAAAAUCGCCAGGAAGAGUGAGAGUGGCAAGGGUGAGUGACAACCCGACUGUCCAAUCUGGAUCAUGAUAGCGACAGGGGGCUUGCUGCGAAUCUCGGCCCGGCGCCAGGACUCGCUCCGCUCUAAGAACCGGGCAGAGAACAAGAGGAAGAGGAAAGCCAAGAAGAAGAGGAAGAGCGACGUGGUGGUGGUGAAGGGCAAGCUCAAGCUGUGCUCCGUCUCAGGGCUGGUGGCCGCGGUGGGCGUGGUCAUCCUGCUGGUGGGCGUGGCCAUGGCCGUGCUGGGCUACUGGCCCCGGGACAGCCCCGUUUAUCCAGAGAUCGGGGCAUCAGAGAAGCCAGGGAAACACAGGAGCAGUCUCAGCCAAUCCCUGUCUGGCUCUGCCAACUGGACCAUACACAGUAAGGCUGUGUUCCAAGUGGGUAAGGAGACAACCAAUUACAGCCAUGCUAACAUGACCAGCACAGAGGCCCCGCCUUCAGCGGGCUUUAUAGCGGACUUCUUGGCCAGGUAUUUGUACUCGGACAAGCUGAAGGUGUUUGGCCCCCUCAUUAUGGGCAUCGGGAUCUUCCUGUUCAUCUGCGCCAACGCGGUGCUGCAUGAGAACCGUGACAAAAAGACCAAGAUCAUAAACCUUAGGGACAUUUACUCCACUGUCAUCGAUGUCCACAGCUUGCGAACCAAAGACUGCGCACCGCUCAACGGCUUUGUGAACUACGUGCAGUCGAGGGGCAUCGACGGGAAGCCCGGCCCCUCCUACAGCACCGCCAUGCUGGCCCGCAGCUCCUGGCCCUCCACCAUGCCCGGGAAGCCCUCAGAGCAGGGCAGGAGUGGAAGCAGUGGCGGGGGGGGCCCGAGGCGCUUAUCUUUCGCCAGGCGGAGCAGCUCCUCGAGGGAGCGGCCGACCUUCACCGACACGGUCUACAGCAUCUACCGGGACCAGAACCGGACCACGGAGCGGGCGCCCGUGCCCAAGCCGUGGGAGACCAGGACCAUCGUGGCCUCGUCCGUCAACGCGUUCACCCUGCCCGUGAUCAAGUUGAACAAUUGCGUGCUGGAGGAGGGCCAGCGCACCGAACCGGAAGAAGGCAAGGGUGAAGGUGAGGGCGGGGGGGCAGGGUGCUCCCGGGGUGGACCCGAGGAGGCCCAGGCAGGCCAUAGCCUGAGCGGCGCGGUGGACAGCGUGUCGGAGGCCCCUGCGGCGGGCACGUUCGCUCGGAGGGAGACGCGCAGGAGCGCAGGCAGCCUGCAGGGAGCACGCCUGGGCUCCCAGGCACAGCUUCUGCCCCCUUCGCCCGGCCUGAGGGCCAUGGCAUCACACCUGUCGCUCAGCGCCCUGGCGGACUACGCCAGGUCCGCUGACCCCGCCGGCUGCCCAUCAGCUGCCGGAGAGGGGCAGGGUGACAGGACCAGGCGUCUCAGCUGCCCCCGACUGGAGCGCUCCUGCAGCAAGGGCUACAUCAAACUAGGGGACCUGGGGGGGGAGUCCUUCGAGUCACCCGACGCGGCCUGCUCCGGCAGAGAGAUCCUGGGGGAGGUGCUUGCUCUGGGACGGGGGGCGCAGGGGGCGGGCGCCUCCGAGAGAGCACAGAGCGGGACGCUGUGGCAGCACUGCAGCAGGGAAACUCUGGUAAUGAUCAGCCAGUCAAAUGCCACCGACAAGGACAGCCCACUCCAGAGCUCUGGCAUUUGA